AUGGCCAGCAACAAAGUCUCGGCUCCUUCUGAAGAACCGGCAGCAUUAGCAGAUGAAGGAAUAGCCCAAGGUUCGAACUCUGGAAACAUGACUCCCAAUCACAAGGUCGUGCAUCAUGAGACUAGUCGCAAAUCGGUUCUCGUAUGUGUUACCGCGGCAUUGGGUGGUUUUCUGUACGGCUUUUCAGGCAAUGCUAUGUCGGGUACCCUGGCACAGCCCAGCUUCAUUACCGACUUUCUCUCUGGCGCUGACGCGUUGCAAAGAACUGACGGACUUUUUGGCGGGUUUCUCGCAGGUGCUACGAUAGGCACCGUUCUUCAAGCUCCGGUCUCGAACAAAUUUGGACGCAAAAUCGCCAACCUGACAGCCGCAAUUAUUUGCAUCGUGUCUGGUGCCCUACUCACUGGAUCUGUCAAUUAUGGCAUGCUCUGCUUUUCGAGGACGCUCAAUGGCAUUGGUGCAGGCAUGGUCAUCGCCAACAGCCCAGUCUAUAUGAGCGAGGUCGCACCUCCUCGUACCCGAGGACUACUCGUAGGAUUGCAGGGUGUGGGAAUUGUACUGGCCUAUAUCAUAUGUUCUCUCUGCGGCCUGAUCUUCAGUUUUGUUGAGACGGGUUACCAGUGGCGGCUGACCUUUGUUGUUCUCACCGCGGCGGCUGUAGUUCAUCUCUGCUCAUUGUACUUCCUACCCGAGAGUCCUCGCUGGCUUAUGCAAAAGGGCCAACCCGAUCAAGCCCGAUCUAUCCUGGAGAUGCUUCACCGAACUCACUCGGACCCCGAUGCAACCCUGGCUCACGCAGAGUUCAUACAGAUUCAGGCACAAGUCGAAGAAGAAAGCCGCCUGCCAAGGGGCUAUAUUCAUAUAUUCAAAACCCCACACCUAAGGAAGCGAGCCAUUUGCUCCAUCAUACUUUGGGUCAUGGGUCAAGGAACAGGCAUUACAGCCAUUGCGAAUCUGGUCCCAGUGCUGAUGGGAGGUCUUGGCUUUGGUACAACUAUGCAGCUAGGUCUCGGUGUAGUAUGGUGUGUGUGCGCCAUUGUUGGAUGUGGUUUCAACGUUGUCCUGAUGGACAGGGUUGGAAGAGUGAGAUUGCUUGUCGCCGGUGGCUUCGGCUCGGCCAUCAUUCUGAGCCUGAUGGCAGCGCUCAUCAAGACUUAUCUGAACACCGACGACCUACCCGGGAUCAAUGCCACUGUGGCGUUUUACUUUAUUUUUGGAGCCUUCUUUACCUCGACCAUUGAGUGUACUGCCUACGUCUAUGGCUCCGAAAUCUGGCCGACUCAUUUGCGAAGCGAAGGGUCUACCAUUGCAUACGCGUCCUUUUUUGCCAAUGCGAUUGCGUACAGUUCACCAGUAUCCGUUGCACUCGACAAUAUCGGCUGGAAGUUUUACCUGGUAUUUGUCUCAGUCACCUUUGUAUCAACUCUGGUGAUCAUGUUCUACUUCCCAGAGACUAAGAACCUGACCCUUGAAGAGAUCAAUGCCAGGUUUGGAGAUAAUGUGGUUAUUGAUCUCAAGGAUGCAGCUGCGGCAGAAAAGAACACUGAGAUCAAGGCCAAAAAUCCUUGA